AUGACUAUAAACAAUAGUACUAUAACAACAUUUCAACAUUAUUAUUAUAAUCAAAUUGAAUCGAUUAAUGAAUCAACAGUUAUAAAUGUUUUAACAUCGAUAGAUUAUGAUCCGAUCGGUGCUGCUUAUUUUAUGAUUAUUGUUCUAUUAUGGUAUUCUAUAAGUGUUGUUGGUAUGUUAGGAAUGCAAAUUCGAACUCGUACUGAAAUAAUUGAAGAUUGUAUACAACGUCGAGUAAAAUUAUUUAUUAAAACUCUUCGAGAUCAAACACAAACUAAACAAAUUCUUGAAGAACUUGUUGAUAAACAAAAACGUGAUAAACUUUGGAAAAUUUAUUUUGGUAAAACCUAUAAUAAGAAUGAUAAAUUAAAACAUGCUGAAAUUCUUCGAAUAAAAAAUAUUAAAAAACAAUUAGCUAUUGUUAAUCAUAAUCAUAUGAUUAUGAAUGAUACAUUUAUAUCUCCAAUUGUAAAUCAUUGUAUUCAUCAUCAAUUAUCAAAUUCUCGAUCAAAAUUUAUUUCAAAAUUUUCAUCAAUUGAAAAUCAAAAAUGUAUUCGACAUCGUUCAUCAUUUAAUAGACAAAUAAUUCAACGAUGGAAAUCAAUUAUUGAUCAGAAUAAAGCAUAUAGACAACAAAUACCAUGGACUAUUAAAAAAAUAUUUAUACAUCGUUAUUUUCAACGGUAUUAUCAAAAUUCAUUACUUAAUAUACCUACAAUGGAAUCAGUACGAACUCAUCAAUAUUUAGAAACUAUUGAUAAUAAACAAUGUCAUUUAUUAUCAUCAUCAUUAUCACAUAAAAAAAUAAAUAAUAAUUCAUGUCCAAUAAUAAGAAAAAUAGAUAAACCAUUAAAUCCAUAUAUAACUUAUUUUCAUUUACCAAUAAAUGAAAAUUUUAAAACAAAUAUUCAAAAUUUACCAUGUAUUACUACUGUUAAAUCGAAUCAUCAUAUUGUUCAAAUGAAUCAUGAUGAAUCUCCAUGCUAA